AUGAAUCCAUCAUCUACGGUACUCUUCUUCGACCUGGACGACACUCUCUUCGAUCGGUCCCGCUCGAUACGGGCCGGUCUGGAGGCCGUCAAGGCCACCCAGCCUAGCCUGGCCGAGUUUGGGAUCGAAAGGCUCGAGUACGUCUACCGAAAGAACGUGGACAUGGGGUUCAAGCCUCAUCUUGGGAGAGGAGCCAAACGCAGUGACGCCUGGUCGGAGCGUCUACGUCAAGUGUUCACCAAACUUGAGGUCCCAGCUCCGAGCAACGAAGAGCUGAAGACGCUGCUGGAAAUCUACGACGCAGCGUACAAGGCCAGCCGACAAGCCACAUACACCACGAUUCAGACGCUCGAACAGCUGAAGAACAAGGGCUUUCGGCUUGCUCUGAUCACAAACGGAGUGCAGGAGACGCAAGCCGAAAAGGCGAAGGCGAUUGGCGUCUCUCACUUGUUCGAGGAGCUCGUCUCUUCAGAGGCGGCGGGGCAUUCGAAGCCCAAUGAGGAGAUAUUCAAAUGUGCGCUGAAGAGAAUGGGGGUCGUCAAUCCGUUGAAAUGCGUCAUGAUCGGGAACGAUGUCGUGGCCGACAUGAACGGUGGUUUCGCGGCGAACAUGCAGAUUGUCUGGUACGAUCGCCGCGCGCCAGAGCCCGAGAUCAUUUUCUUGUUCGGCAGCUCACGGCCGGUUCCCGUGGUCAAGGAGAUGCGCCAGCUUAUUGGCUACUUGAAGAACUUGGGAUACUGCACUUGA